AUCUCCCAUUGGUUAUCCUGUAAAUAAGGGGCGUGGCUGUGGUACUGUAGCAGUUGUUAAGUUGCAGUCUGCAGGAAAGGAGGCUCAGUUGGAUUUGGUUCUCUGAAAAGGAUACUGAGGACAGAAAAGACAUCAUUUACUCAAAAGGUCAUUAAUAGGGGAAUACGAUGGAGCUCGCCAUCAAAGACCUAAGUGGAAAAACGCAGCUUGUGAAUGUAUUGCCAAGUGCCACCAUUGGUGAACUCAAGCAACGCAUUGCCCCUCACUUUGAGGCAAGAGCCUCACGCCUGAAGCUUUCAGCCAGCAGCGGUCAGAUCCUGGACCAUGACCAGAAGACCGUGAGUGAUUACGGUCUGCGUUCAGGAUCCACAGUGAUGCUGCUGAUCUCCAUUACCCCCGUGCCAUUCCAGGUGCGCGUGAAGAAUGAGAAGGAACAGACAAAAACCUACGACAUCACUGAUGAUGAGACCGUCGAUCAGUUGAUGAGGAAGAUCUACCAGAAAGAAGGAACACCAGUGGACCAGCAGCGGCUGAUCUACAACGGCCGACAGCUCGACUCUGGCAGGAAGCUGCAGGAUUACAACAUUGUUUCUGGAAGCAUCAUUUAUAUGACCCUCCGUCUGCGUGGAGGCUGAUGGGACAAAAACACAUGGAGAUCAUUUUAGCCUAUUUAAUACAGUAGGUAAGGGGAAAAAUAAUAAGAAUAAGAAAAAAUACCCUGUAUGUUGCAUGUGCAAGUAAUGACAAUUCCACUACAGCCAGCUCAUUCUCCUAUUUAACCACCAUUUUGACAAAGUAAAAGCACUUGGAAUCCUCUUUGUUUCUCUUUCUUGACACACUGCUACAGAAGCUUGGACACAGUUAGAAACUCUCCAGUGUUGGUACGGUUAUAUGAAAAUAGCCUAAGUGGUCAAAUGUAUUUAUUUACUUAUUUAUUGUUGUUAUUUAUUGUUAAACAUGUAUGACCAUCUUUAAAUAUAAUAAUGUACCUUUUUGUUUAGUACCAAGACCAAAACAUGCUUUUGAUUGUAAGUGGAAAAUGUCUAUUAACUGAUUUAGUUCAUUCAGGGUGUAAAGUAUUUUAAGUUUUAUAGAUAAUAAUGUUUAGAAGCAUGUUAAAACCACUUUCGUUUUAAUUUCUGAAUUGGUCCAUUUUUUAAUUUGCCUUCUGUAUUUAUGAUGUCACUUGUCUAAAUAUUGCUUUACACAUAAUAAUAAUGAUAAUAAUAAUAAUAAUAAUAAUAAUAAUAAUAAUAAUAAUAAUAAUGUCUUUGGUCUAAAAUCUAGCAGAAAUAGAAAGCUUGUUUAAAGGCAGUUUGUACCUUUUGAGUCUGUAAUCUCUGUAAUGUGCUCUGUCUGCUGUACGUUAAUAGUGAAUUCAUAUUCAGUGUUUAAUUUGCUCUUCACUCAUUCCAGUGUCACCCGUUUAUUCUAUCCUCAUUUUUAAAUGUAAAUGUACUGAAUUAUAAUUGCUGUUACCUCCUGGCAAACUGCUUUAAUAAAUUAUCCAUUUGG